AUGGAUUUAAAAAAAGAUGAUCCUCUCUUAUCUGGGGUAAUUGAUCUUCGUUGUGUUCCAGUACAAUUGGAAUCUCACCUUAUCGGAAAAGAAUUAUGGAACAGCAUGAACAAAGAAAUAUAUCUUAAAGAGGAAGAAUUAAAAAUGUAUUGUGCUAUACGAUAUAGCUUGGAUAAUGGAGUAAUAUUGUCUACUGUACAUGAAAGAGAAACCUCAUAUGAACCUAAUAGAUUGAACAAUGUCACCCAUAUAGAAGAAAAUCAAAUUUGUCUAUUUAAUGAAGAAGUUAAUUUGUUCUUUCUACAAUCUCAUGGUACUGUUACAACUUCACAUUUUCAAUUAUGGGUUAUGAAUUCUACCCAUUUUACCAAGUCUGAAGCAUAG